GAGCGAAUAUAUUCUCACCAGACAGUUGUUGAUAAUAUCGUCGAAGAGAGCAGAAACUGAUGAUAGAUUAGUGAAAAGUUGUGUAGGUCACAGAGGACUCGCAGUCCGCAUGUGGAUAGUUAUUCCGUGUUAAAAUGGGCCAAACAACGUCGUCCAUCGCCAGUAAGAUCGCACAACCCGUGUCAUGGAUGUGGGGGAGAAAAGGGGACACCAAGAAAGUAGACAUUUCCAACUACAAGGGCCCCUCGCCGUUUGUCCUCACGAGACAAAGCUCGAUGUUCUUUGACGAAGAUGGUGACCUGGCUCAUGAGUUUUAUGAAGAAGUGCGAGUAGGAAAGAGGUGUAUCAUGAGGCGCAAGCGCAACAACUUGAUUCCACAGGGGGAGGUGGAACUGAGUCAUCCCCGCAUCCAUGUUGAUAUUCCCGUGGUGAUGUGUGAAGCGCUGAUGACCGUCAGAUGACCAACAACCCCCACUAGGUCCAAUCUGUAGCAUGUUCAAAGUGUACCAGGUCGCAUCAUCGUCACCCACAGACAUUGCUGGGCGUGGGUGAGGUUUGGACUUCCCUGAAGCCAACUGAGGUUGAUGUUGUGCUCUUGUGUAGUCAUUGCUGUCAACAAACAGACAUUGUAAUAUAUCAUGAAGAAAACUUCCAUCUUGAUAGACACUGAGGAGGUUUGCUGAUCAACAUGAGGAGAAACAGGGUUACUCUGGAACCAGCCAGCCAGACCAUUUUCUUCAAAAUUAUGCACACGUGACUUCCUGCACACCCAUGAUUAAUUAUCCGUAAAUCUGAUAAUCCAAACAAUUUUAAGGUACAGAUUAUAUUUUCAUUUCCCAGUUUAUCUUUCAGUAGGGGUGAAACGGUAUACUGCGUUAUUAGUAGAACCACAGUAUUUUGCCUUCAGUUCGGUAUACUGCAAUGCAAUCCCAAAAAUUUGUUAUUUUUGUUUUUGUACUGUGCUUCUGUCUAGCCAUAAAUUGACAGUUUUGUUCAUUCAGAAUAACAAAGAUUAUGGUUAUUAUUAUUAAAGUUUGGCUCAUGUUGUCAGUGUUCUGCAUUAUCAUCAUAUCUCACAUACCGAACUGAAAGGGACCGAACCAAAGACCUUGUACUGCAAUACAUACCGUACUGUGGUAAGAGCAUACCUUUUCAGCCCUAUCCUUCAGUGGAUGCAGAUAUAGUCCCAGCAUGCACUAGUCCCACAGUGAGGUCAUAGUCUGAGGUCAAAGAAUUACCCCUUAACCAGCCACCCACGUCAUUUUCUUCAAAUGUAUAUACCAUAGACUACGUCUAUAACAAACACACUUAAAACAAACUGUUUUCUGGGCCCUGAGACACUUGUAUAUUGCAGUCAAAAUGUGUAUAAUGAACUUUGGUGAUAAUGAGUAGUCCCUUUUAGUUCAUUAUGACCGUAGUUUAUGGUAUAACGCAAAGUGAAUUCUGCAUUCUCAUUAAUAGUAAAUCAUAAAAUUUGAUAAUCGAAAUUAUUUUACUUGUACGGUCACUGUUUCAUUGCCUCUGAUCAUUCUUCACAUGGUCAGGUUCUAACAGAUACACAGAGUUAUUCCAAGUAUAAUUGGUAUCUUAUGGUACCCUGUGGUAUCUGCCUCCAUGCCUCUAUCCCAUCAGCCAUGAAUUGAUACACAUACAUUACCAGGGCAUGAAACUCCCAAAACUUUCAGCCAGACCAGAGGGCUGGUUAGAUGUCAAACUUGUCAGCCCUGACCAAAACUUACCUGCCCGCAAAUAAUUUAGGUUUGACAAGUGACAUAGUUUAUCAUCCAAUUGGAGUUCAUCAUUUAUUAAUGAUGAUUUAUUACUAAUGAUGAAUUAAUAAUGAUUUAUUAUCCUGAAAUAUGAUGAAUAUCUUCAAAUACAUGUCCAAAUGUUAACCCAACCGUCGGCAGGUGAAUUUGAGAAUCUGGCAGUCCGUGUUGAAAAUAACCCGUCCCGGGCGGUCGGGCAGGCAGGUAUUUCGAACGCUGACAAUAGUCUCUAUUGAGUGGGUCCUAAGAUUCUUGAGAUCAUAUGUAGUAUGUGAAUCCAGUACUUGAAUUUGUACCUGCUAAAUCUGUAUCUUUUGACAUUAGUGGACCCCUUUCCUGUACCUAUGUUUGAAAGCUGCUGUUAUCACCUAAUACUGGUCUCGGAUGAACAUAUUGCUUGUUUGAGAUUAAGCCAUCACUGAAUUGAAAUUGCCAUUAGAAUUUACCCUUUGAUCAUU